AUGGUAUUUGAAGUUUACCCNAGGGAGUGGGCGGCGGGGAUGGUGGCGGCGGCGGCGGCGGCGGCGCUGGUGAUACCGGAGGUGGCGGAGGCGGCGCAGCCGGGGAUAUCGCCGUCGCUGAAGAACUUCCUGCUGAGCAUCGUGGCCGGCGGCGUCGUGCUCGGCGUGCUGGUCGGCGCCGUCAUCGCCGUCGCCAACUUCGACCCCGUCAAGCGGACCUAGACCUCCUGAUCUCAUGCACCGACUCGUCAUCACCACCACCACCACUCCGCUCCCCCUCUCCUCUCUCCUCCUCCUCCUCUCAAAUUGUUCGGAUUCGAUGUGUAAUUUGUGUAAGCUAUUUUGGACCCUUUUGUAAAAUGCUGUUUCAUUGUUUCAUCUUCA